AUGGCAAAUCACGGGCCAAGUUAUGGUUUAAGCAGAGAACUCGAGAAGAAGAACAACGCUCGAUUCAAUCUCGAAGAGGCUAUCGAAGUUCUCUUGUGGGUGGAACAAGUGUCACAGCUUCCGUAUCAAGCUGACCCAACAGUUUGUCAGUCUGCCCAAGAGGUUUCAGAUCUUCUGAAGGAUGGUGUUCACUUAUGCAAAGUUAUAAAUCGUUUGAUGGGAGAGGGAACAAGAGUCCCAUAUAAUGCUCGACCAAAGAUGCCUUUCCAUAUGAUGGAAAACAUCAGCAAUUUUUUGGAAGGUUGUAAAUCGUACGGUGUCGCUGAGAUAAGUUGUUUCCAGACAGUGGAUCUUUAUGAGAACAAACAGUGCUACAAAGUCAUUGAAUGCUUACGCUCUCUAGCAGCUGUGGCUCAAGCUCGAGAUGCUCCUGUCGCUUUCCCAGCUUGGGUUGUUCGUUUAUCACAAGGACGACCUCGACAGUUUCCUGAAGCUGUGAUGAGACGUGGAGAGAUGGUAAUCCCAUUGCAAUAUGGAACUAACAAGUGUGCUAGUCAAAAAGGAAUGACGCCAUAUGGAUUAUGCCGACAGAUCAAACCAGACACUUCAUGCUGA